CUCUCAAGGCCUCCAUAAACCCCUCUGAACAUCACUCUCUCUCUCUCUCUAUUUUUCCCAAUCUCUAUUCUCUCUGCGCGUCCUGCAAAACUUUCCGGCGACUUUCGCUCAUCGGUUAAGAUGGUUUUGAUGAUAUAUUGUAGUGAAGAAGCCUAGGCACUAGGCGAAUCUCCAGCGUUUGGUUCCUUCCAUCACAACUCCGGUAGAUGGGUUGUUUUCAGUCUAAAGUAAGAAAGCAGUUUCCUGGACACGAAAACCCUGUAGUUCUUGCUUCUGAAACAGCGUUUAGUGUUAGUGAAGUGGAAGCAUUAUUUGAGCUGUUCAAGAGUAUCAGCAGUUCAGUGAUUGAUGAUGGGCUGAUAAACAAGGAAGAGUUUCAGUUGGCUUUAUUCAAGAACAGAAAGAAAGAGAACCUUUUUGCUAAUCGGAUUUUUGAACUCUUUGAUGUGAAGCGAAAGGGAGUCAUUGAUUUUGGUGAUUUUGUUAGAGGGCUUAAUGUUUUCCACCCCAAUGCCCCACUAGAGGAUAAGAUCAACUUUUCAUAUAGGCUUUAUGAUUUGGAUGGCACAGGGUUCAUUGAGCGCCAAGAGGUUAAACAAAUGUUGAUAGCACUUCUGUGCGAGUCUGAAAUGAAGUUGGCUGAUGAGACCAUUGAGAUAAUACUGGAUAAGACAUUUUUAGAGGCAGAUACGAACCAGGACGGAAAGAUUGAUAAAUGCGAAUGGCAUUCUUUUGUGAACAAAAACCCUUCGUUGCUGAAGAUAAUGACGCUUCCAUAUUUAAGGUAUCUCAUCGCAACAUUGAUUUAUAGAUGCACAAGAUUCAACCACCUGAAUUUACAUUUGAAGAGAGUUACUGUGAUGCAGGGACAUAACUACGACGUUUCCAAGCUUUGUUUUCCAUUCCGAAGUUGAUGAAGUUGCUACAUAAGUGAGAAGUCAAUCUAGUUUAGCUUUUACUGCUUAUGUUUUUUUUUUUUUUUCAGCUAUUCUAAGUUUUGGUCAUAGGAAAGGCAGCUGUGUAUGGCAACUCAAAAACUUAGUUCUCUGGAGAGUUGUGGUGGCCGAGGGCUAGCUGCUCUAUUUGUAAAGUGAUUCUAUUUAGGCCAUUGCAAGCCAUGUAUUGCCUGUUGAUAGUGAUUAGCGUAGUGAAAUUGUGAUGCGAUUUCAUGAAUUUUGGCCGACACACGCAACAAUAGAUGUUGUGCCUUUAAUAGAAUUCUGAAAUCUGCCUUGACUGCAUGGUUUAUCUAUGUUAGAGUGAAUAUUUUGAUGUACAAGUUUUCGAGAGGAAAAGAAAUGUUUUAACACAUUUUUGAUU